GAUUGUAUUUAAGCAGAGGGGAUCCAAUCGCAGACUAGACUUGAUCUGCAAUUCGGAGAACCUCAAGAUUUAAACCAAUCUUUAGCUAGCCAAGUCAUGUCAGAUGUUUCUUCACGUACUAGCGACAGAGGGAACAACAUCGAAUCUACCACGGCGGAAAAGGCUCACGAAAAUGGCUUCGACACCGAUAUUACGAGGUCGCCAGAAGACAAAGAGGCCGGCGGGCCGCUAACUCACCCCAAUGCUAAUGCUGAUGCCGAGCCCCCAAGCGAGCAACCUGAGCUCGACCAGCGCCCCGACUACACUAUCUUCACGGAGUGGGAGAAAAGGGGGAUUGUAAUCGGCGCCGCCAUCGGGGCCUUCUUCUCGCCGCUCACGGCGCAGAUCUACCUGCCGGCCCUCAAUGUCUUGGCGGCCGACUUCCACGUCACGGUCAGCCAGAUCAACCUGACUGUGACGACUUACAUGAUAUUCCAAGGCAUCACGCCGAUGUUCGUCGGGUCGCUGGCCGAUACCGCGGGCCGGCGUCCGGCGUACUUCAUCUGCUUCGUAAUUUACAUCUGCGCGAACAUCGGGUGCGCGCUCGCGCCCAGCUACCCGGCCCUGCUGGUCCUGCGCAUGCUGCAGUCCGCGGGGUCCAGCACGACCGUGGCUUUGUGCCAAGCUGUCGUCGCCGACAUCAUCACCUCGGCCGAGCGAGGCCACUAUGUAGGGUACACUUCAUUGCCCAUUCUCUUGGCGCCCGCCGUGGGGCCCAUCGUCGGCGGAAUCCUCUCCCAGUUCGUCGGCUGGCGAUGGAUAUUCUGGCUCCUCGCCAUCCUGGCCGGAGUCGUGCUUAUCUUACACGCGUUUUUCCUGCCGGAGACGUGUCGCGAGAUCGUGGGAGAUGGGUCGAUACGCCCGCACCCGGCUUACCGCACGGGCUGGCAACUCUGCAAAGACUCCCUCAAACGACGGCGCAACAAGAAAGCUAGCGGCGCUUCGCUAGCGCACACGGCGUCGCGCACGUCGACGCGGCGCAGCCUGCGCGUCGGCAAGUUCAACAUAUGGCAGUCCGUCAUCAUCCUGGCGGAGAAGGAGAUGUUCGUGCUGCUGUCGUACGGCAGCGUCAUCUUCACGGGCUUCUACUGCAUCGCGACGGUCAUGCCGACGCAGCUGGGCGCCAACUACGGCUUCGACGAGAUCCAGAUCGGGCUCAUGUACCUGCCCAUGGUCGGCGGCAGCAUGGGCGCCGCCUUCGUCAACGGCAAGCUGAUGAACUGGAACUACCGCCGCCACUGCCGGCUGCGCGGCGUCCCCUUCGAGCGCAGCAAGCAGCAGGACCUCGCCGACUUCCCCAUCGAGCGCGCGAGGCUCGAGAUCGGCGUUCCCAUGCUCGUGAUCACUAUCCUGGUUACUUUCGGCUGGGGCUGGGCGUUCCAAUACCGCGCCCACGUGGCCGUGCCGUGCGUCCUGCUGUUCAUAGCCGGCUGGGCCGUGGUCGGGUUCAGCAACGCGGUCAACGUCCUGCUCGUCGACGUGAAUCCGGGAAAAGCGGGCGCGGCUACUGCGAGCAAUAACCUAACCAGGUGCUUGGUUGGCGCGGCGGCGACUGCGGUGAUCGGACCCAUGAUAAACGGGGUUGGCAUCGGGUGGGCGUUUUCGAUUCUCGGCUUCAUAUACAUCGCUUUCUCGCCGAUGAUAUUCAUGGUUAUGAAGAAUGGAAUCCGGUGGAGAAAAGAGAAACGGGACCGUCAAAGGGCAAAAGAACGGAAGAACGGAGUUACUACUUAGAGUUAGACGAUUAUGUCCUGAAUAUAUAGGUAGAAUAUACGCUGACUAGAUUAUCAUAAACGACGGAAUUAUUCUUCACUAAAGAACCUGAGGCAUGUUAGUGGAUAGAUGAAUUGGAUAUAGGUUCCUUUCGACGAAUAUUACCUGGUGCAUAGUGAUUCUUGAAUGGUGUGGUAUAUCUAUUAGAUACCAGGUAGGUAGCUUUUUUCCAGAAAUUUAGAAGUCAC